CUGCGAGACAACAGACUGAGGCUUCAAGGAACCCAACAACGCUUUUGCGCAGUUGUUGCGCGUGGUCUACUCAACCAAAUUCAUCUCAAUAUCCAAAGGUUUUGAGGACGAUUGUUUGUGGGGUUGUUGGGGGGUUACAUUUUAAAAGGGUGUCAGAAACAGGGAAGAGAUGAGUGACAAUUUGAUGGAUAAAGUCAGCGCCUUGGGGGAGCGCCUGAAAAUUGGCGGGUCCGAGGUGGGUCGAAAGAUGAGUGAAGGCAUGAGUUCUAUGAGCUUCAAGAUGAGGGAAUUUUUUCAGGGUCCAAGCGAGAUUGAUAAGCUUGUUGAGGAUGCCACCUCUGAGAACCUUGAUGAGCCUGAUUGGGCUAUGAAUCUUGAGCUUUGCGAUUCGGUCAAUCAUGAACAGGUCAACAGUUUAGAAUUGAUUCGUUCAAUCAAGAGACGGAUCGCGGUUAAGAGUCCUAAGGUUCAGUACCUGGCUAUGGUUUUGCUUGAAACAUGCGUUAAAAAUUGUGAAAGGGCCUUCUCAGAAGUGGCAGCAGAGAAAGUCCUUGAUGAAAUGGUCAGGCUGAUUGAUGACCCUCAGACUGUUGUGAAUAACCGGAACAAGGCCUUAACACUCAUUGAGGCAUGGGGGGAGUCAACCAGUGAGCUUCGCUUUUUGCCAGUAUUUGAAGAAACGUACAAGAGUUUGAAAUCAAGAGGUAUUCGGUUCCCAGGUCGUGACAAUGAAAGUUUGGCACCUAUUUUCACUCCCCCUCGUUCAGUGACUGCUUCUGAAGUUCAUGUUAAUCAGUCGGGACAGGUUCAGCAUGAUAUUCCUGUGCGGACUUUCACGCCUGAGCAAACAAAGGAGGCUUUCAAUGUUGCAAGAAAUAGCAUUGAGCUUCUUUCUACUGUUCUGUCUUCAUCACCUCAACAGGAUGUUCUAAAGGAUGAUUUGACCGCAACCCUUGUACAACAGUGUCGUCAGUCUCAAUUUACUGUACAGAGAAUCAUCGAGACUGCUGGAGAUGAUGAGGCACUUCUUUUUGAGGCCUUGAAUGUUAAUGAUGAGAUUCAGAAGGUUUUCACCAAGUAUGAAGAGUUGAACAAGCCGUCCACUACUCCUCCUCUUAGGCAGGAACCUGCUAUGAUACCUGUUGCGAUUGAGCCAGACGAGUCGCCUCUUAAUACUCAAGAAGAUGCCUUGAUUAGAAAGCCGGCUGGUCCGAGAGCUGGCAGUCGUGGAGGGAACAAUGAUGAUAUGAUGGAUGAUCUUGAUGAGAUGAUAUUUGGCAAAAAAGGUGGGGAAGCAUCACAGAAUGCAGGCCAAGUUCCAAAGAAGCAGCAGUCAUCUAAAGAUGAUGAUCUCAUUUCAUUCUAAUUCUAAUCUGCCCUGGCUAUAAACCCUAAUUAUAGGAUACAUUUGACUUUCAUUUCAUGGCUGGCUGCAAAUUAUAUUUCAAUGUUGGUCGUGGACCUCCAUCAGAUUGCUUGUUCAUUUAUUUUUUGCACAUGCGUGCGUGCAAUUUAUGAUUUAACUUCAGUAUAUAAGUUCUUGAUAAGGUAUAGGUGGGAGGCUUGAACAAUUUUAGUGAGAUGUUCUUCAUAUGUUUGCUACAUUGCUUAGCAAUCUGUUUGAUUGUUACUUUGAUAUCUAGUUAAAUUUCUCA